GAUGAGACGCGGCAGAGGGUCAAAUUCACUGAUGAGCGGGUCUGCAAAAGCCAUCUCCUGAACUGCUGUCCCCACGACAUCCUCUCCGGAACUGUAAGCAGACUAAGCACUCUCUUCUUCCAUUGUGUCCCCUCCAGGCAGGGACGGCGAAAUUUGUUUUUUGAAAGGGGGUGUGGGGAAUACGUAUUUUUUUUAAAGCCUCAUUUAGAUAUUCUUCUGCUCUAAAUUUCUGACAUUUGGUAGGCUAUUUGUUAGUCAACUUGUCUUGUUGCUCUAGAAUACUAAACAAAGCCUUGCUCACCAGAAGAAUGUCCUACAUCGAUAAAAUGAAAGAAUGCAUUAUCAAUAAUCUAGUUGACGUUGGUAAAGUUUUCUCUUACAUUUCUGCUUCUCUCGUGGAGCGAGGACAUUUAGGGACCGGGGAGAUUAAAAAGCUGAAAUGUCUUGAGUCAAUACGUUUUCAACCCCUUUAUUAUGGCAAGCCUAAAUAAGUUCAGGAGUAAACAUGUGCUUAACAAGUCAUACAAUAAGGUGCAUGGACUCAUUCUGUGUGCAAUAAUAGUGUUUAACAUGACUUUGAAUGACUACCUCAUCUCUGUACCCCACACAUACAAUUAUCUGUAAGGUCCCUCAGUCGAGGAGUGAAUGUCAAACACAGAUUAAACCAUAAAGACCAGGGAAGUUUUCCAAUUCCUCGCAAAGAAGGACACCUAUUGGUAGAUAAGCAGACAUUGAAUAUCCCUUUGAGCAUGGUGAAGUUAUUAAUUACACUUUGGAGUGUGUAUCAAUACACCCAGUCACCACAAAGAUACAGGAAGGAAACUGCUCAGGGAUUUCACCAUGAGGCCAAUGGUGACUUUAAAACAGUUAGUUUAUUUGGCUGUGAUAGGAGAACACUGAGGAUGGAUCAACAACAUUGUAGUUACUCCACAAUACUAACCUAAAUGACAGAGUGAAAAGAAGGAAGUCUGUACAGAAUAAAAAUAUUCCAAAACAUGCAUCCUGUUUGCAGUAAGGCACUAAGGUAAAACUGCCCAAAAAAUUGCGAAGAAAUUAGGGCUGACCCCAAUUAGUCUACUGGUUGAUUGUUUGGUCGAUAGGCUGUUGGUCAACCAAUAUUUUUUUAGUCGAAGCAGUAGCAAAUAUAUGUAACUCUAUACGCCCAUCUCAGUGAACUAAUCCAUUGUGGAGGCCUAGACUAAAAGCCAAUUUAUGCUUGAUCUGAAAAUGUUGUCAGAGGCUCCAUAUGGAGGGUGUGAUGCAAUUGCGGCGCCUCCAGAGGCACGCAGAGGCCAUAUCGAGCUCAGUACCGCAUCGCCAUGCGCCUCUCAAAUGUUGUAAUAAUGCGGAGGGCUCUGUAUAGCUCCGCAUUGACAUGAUUGGUUGACGGUAGGUGGGGUUGGUACAUCCUGUAUAAACACAAACUCACUUUUACAUAAGUAUUCAGAUGCUUUACUCCAAUCAAGCUGUAGAAACAUCAAGGAUGAUCAAUGGAGGCAGGAUGCACCUGAGCUCAAUUUCGAGUCUCAUAGCGAAGGGGCUAAAUACUUAUGUAAGGUAUUUCUGUUUAUUUUUGAUAAAUGUGCAACAAUGUCAAACUGUUUUCGCUUUGUCAUUAUGGGGUAUUGUGUGUAUAUUUAUGAGAUAAAAAAAUAUAUAUAUUUUAGAAUAAGGCUGUAACGUAACAAAAUUGGAAAAAGGGAAGGGGUCUGAAUACUUUCCGAAUGCACUGUAUAUCACCAGUAAUACAUUUACUGUUAAUUCUUAUAAUUUCUAAUCAACAAUGUUUGUUUGGUUAUGGUAAUUUCAAAUCAAAUUGUAUUUGUUACGUGCCGAAUACAACCUUACCAUGGAAUGCUUACUUACAAGCCCUUAACCAACAAUGCAGUUCAAGAAAUAGAGUAAAGAAAAUAAAAAGUAACACAAUAACGAGGCUAUAUACAGGGGGUACCGGUACCGAGUCAAUGUGAGGGGGUACAGGAUAGUCGAGGUAAUUUGUACAUGUAGGUAGGAGUAAAGUGACUAUGCAUAGAAAUAAACAGCGAGUAAAUAGUCCGGGUGGCCAUUUUAUUAAUUGUUCAGCAGUCUUAUGGCUUGGGGGUAGAAGCUGUUAAGGAGCCUUUUGGACCUAGACUUGGCGCUCCGGUACCGAUUGCCGUGCGGUAGCAGAGAGAAGUCUAUGACUUGGGUGACUGGAGUCUUUGACAAUUCUUUGGGCCUUCCUCUGUUAAUGCGUUCAUGUGUGUAUAUAUUAUUAUUCCAGUCUUACCAUUGUUUGCAGAGUGCACAACCUAUGCUACACUUGUGAGAAACAAGUUUUGGUUUAUUUCAUUCCAUUUAUGAGUUUUGUCAAUUCAGUUUAGUCAUUGACAGGAGCUCUCCAAACAAAAUACAAUGUUGAUUACGCAUAGAAGUAUAUAGGCCUAUAGGCUACCUGGCCUGCGCACAAAUUUGGGGAUCUGAUAGUAUUUCUGAUUGGCUUAACGCACCACCACUAAUGAUCUGUGGAGCUUCUCAAAGUAAUGUUUUCUUCACCUCAAACAGCAAGCAAACAAAGUCUGUUUUAACAUCUAUUGAGAAUGACAAUAGUUCCUCAAUGUAGGCUAUUUGAAAAAUCUUUCCCGCUCUCUCCUUUUCAAUAACCACUCAGCAUGAAAGGUAAAAAUGUAAUGUUCUGAUCCAGUGGAAAUGUCAUAAAAUAGGCCUACCUGAUUACUUCUUGUCAGUGCUUGACUUGGACUGAAAUAGGUUCCAGUACUCAUUUUGGGUACCGGUACUGUUUUAUAGUUAGGUGCAGGAGCUCCACAAUUCUUUUGAGCUAAUAUGCUAUAAGAGGAACAGGAGCUCAAGUAGUAGAACAUUUGAGGUGCCGGUAUUUGGCUCCGGUGAGCUCCUGCCCAAGUCAAGCACUGCUUCUUAUCCCUUACACAAAUGGCCUACAGCUGUGUCUGUCCUGAGCUCACUGGCUCUGGAGAAUCUGAGGGCCCAGAAUAUUUUAUACAAUGUUGCAAGUUCGCUAGCACAAGCUUCAGGCCGGACCCAAGUUAAUAGUUGUUUCAAGUUCGUUGCAGAUAGGCCAUUUGUAGCCAAUGUGAUUUAUUGGAUUAUUUUUUUAUCCUGAUAUUUUCUACCUGCAGGCUGCAAUGUUUUUAUCUGUUGGCUUUAUGUAGGCUAUUUUUACAUACAGUGCAUUCGGAAAGUAUUCAGACCCCUUGGCUUUUUCCAAAUUUUGUUACAUUACAGCCUUAUUCUAAAAUUGAUAAAAUAUAACAUUUUCCUCAUCAAUCUACACACAAUACCCCAUAAUGGCAAAGCAAAAACUGUUUUUUAGAAAUGUUUGCAAAUGUAUUAAAAAUAAAAACCAGAAAUAUAACAUUUACAUAAAUAUUCAGACCCUUUACUUUGUUGAAGCACCUUUGGCAGUGAUUACAGCCUCGAGUCUUCUUGGGUAUGACGCUACAAGCUUGGCACACCUGUAUGUGGGGAGUUUCUCCCAUUCUUCUCUGCAGAUCCUCUCAAGCUCUGUCAGGCUGGAUGGGGAGCGUCGCUGCACAGCUAUUUUCAGGUCUCUACAGAGAUGUUAGAUCGAGUUCAAGUCCGGGCUCUGGCUGGGCCACUCAAGGACAUUCAGAGACUUGUGUGCUUAGGGUUGUUGUCCUGUUGGAAGGUGAACCUUUGCCCCAGUCUGAGGUCCUGAGGGUUCUGGAACAGGUUUUCAUCAAGGAUCUCUCUGUACUUUGCUCCGUUCAUCUUUCCCUCGAUCCUGACUAGUCUCCCAGUCCCUGCCGAUGAAAAACAUCCCCACAGCAUGUAUGCUGCCACCACCAUGCUUCACCGUAGGGAUGGUGCCAGGUUUCCUCCAGAUGUGACGCUUGGCGUUCAAGCCAAAGAGUUCAAUCUUGGUUUCAUCAGACCAGAGAAUCUUGUUUCUCAUAGUCAGAGUCCUUUAGGUGCCUUUUGGCAAACUCCAAGCAGGCUGUCAUGUGCGUUUUACUGAGGAGUGGCUUCUGUCUAGCAACUCUACCAUAAAGGCCUGAUUGGUGGAGUGCUGCAGAGAUGGUUGUUCUUCUGGAAGGUUCUCCCAUCUCCACAGAGGAACUCUGGAGCUCUGUCAGAGUGACCAUCGGGUUCUUGGUCACCUCCCUGACCAAGGCCCUUCUCCCCCGAUUGCUCAGUUUGGCCGGGCAGCCAGCUCUAGGAAGAGUGGUGGUUCCAAAUGAGACCACUGUGUUCUUGGGGACCUUGAAUGCUGCAGAAAUGUUUUGGUACCCCUCCCCAGAUCUGUGCCUUGACACAAUCCUGUCUCGGAGCUCUACGGACCAUUCCUUCGACCUCAUGGCUUUGUCUUUGCUCUGACAUGCACUGUCAACUGCGGGGCCUUAUCUAGACAGGUGUGUGCCUUUCCAAAUCAUGUCCAAUCAAUUGAAUUUACCACAGGUAGACUCCAAUGAAGUUGUAGAAACAUCUCAAGGAUGAUUAAUGGAAAUAGGAUGCACCUGAGCUCAAUUUUGAGUCUCAUAGCAAAAGAUCUGUCAUACCCAAGAAGACUCGAGGCUGUAAUCCCUGCCAAAGGUGCUUCAACAAAGUACUGAGUAAAGGGUCUGAAUACUUAGGCAAAUGUGAUAUUUCAGGCUGUAACGUAGCAAAAUGUGGAAAAAGUCAAGGGGUCUGAUUACUUUUGGAAUGCACUGUAUUUGAGAAAAUACACAUUGGCUACAUCAUGUUAUGGGUAUGCUUGUCAUUGUCAAGGACUAGGGAGUUUUUAGAAUAAAAAUAAAUGGAAUAGAGCUAAGCGAAGGCAAAAUCCUAGAGGAAAACCUGGUUCAGUCUGCUUUCCAACAGACACAGGGAAACAUUCACCUUUCACCAGGACAAUAACCUAAAACACUAGGCCAAAUAUGCACUGGAGUUGCUUACCAAGUGGCCUAGUUAGUUUUGACUUAAAUCGGCUUGGAAAUCUAUGGCAAGACUUGAAAAUGGCUGCCUAGCAAUGAACAACAACCACUUGACAGAGCUUGAAGAAUUUAAAAUAAUAAUCCAGGUGUGCAAAGCUUUUAGACACUUACCCAGAAAGACUCACAGCUCUAAUCGUUGCCAAAGGGGAUUCUGACAUGUAUCGAUUCAAUGGUGUGAAUACUUAUGUAAAUGAGAUUUCUGCAUUUCAUUUUCAGUACAUUUGCAAAAAAAAUCUAAAAACAUGUUUUCACUUUGUGAUGGGGUGUUGUGUUUAGAUGGGUGAUAAAAAAUAAUCAAUUUUGAAUUCCAGCUGUAAAAACGUGGAAUAAGUCAAGUGGUAUGAAUAGUUUCUGAGGGCACUGUACGUACAAAAUGUCUGAAUGUCAUCAGUUUGACCAGUUUUAAAGAAAUGAAAAGCUGUGAAAAUGAUCCAACAUGUUUCUGAUAGUAUUUCAGUGGAUCUUGGAUGCAUAUUUUAUGUGGUUGAAAAAUGAAAUACUGUCAGCUUUUAUGUUGCUGAAAAGAAUAAUCACGUUUAAGGUACACAACAGUCCCUAUCCAUGCAUUCACAUUCUCUCAAGAUGCUGAAAUAGAUAAAUCAUAUUUCUCUACUCUUGUUCCUGAGACAAUAUUAACAUUUGGUGUAUCAUUUUACUGCAAGAAACACUUAAUUAUGCAGGAGUUAAUGGUCUACAUAUGAGGCCUACAGUCAGUGUUCAUACUUCUGUUACUAUUCCAACUAUUACUGUUCCCGUCUCUGCCUCCAGUGCUCUAAAGUGCAACCAUUUUGGUCGCAUAUGCUCCUACAUUUUUAUAUGGAAGCACCAGAGUACCUAGGGAAAAAAUCAACCAGAUAUUAAUUAUUGUAAUGAUUAGGCUUUGCUUGUCCCUAGCCCAAACAGUUCAAAACGUAUGACCCAUAUUGCCGGCGCUACGAUUUCUUUCCUUCUGGUGGCAUAUACCAUGUCGCAGCCAUUCUGAAACUACUCACGGGCAUGAACCAUUUGUUAACACCUUGUUCAAUCAUGUUACCUCAUUAGCUAAACAUAAAGAAAGGAAAAGGGCUUCUUACAAUUAAAAUGUUUCUUUAGGAGAUCAAUGAUCAUAGCAAUGAAUUAUUGACAAAUCUCUUCAGCUUUAAUAUUGCAGAUUAAACCCUAAAUCUAUCCAACUAAUUGUUUGCAUCAUUUGUAAUGCCCCAUUCCCCCCCCCCCCCCCCCCCUUAUUUUUCAACCCUACUUACCCCUCCCCUGAUUGGAGUAAACUAACGGCCUACAAUACGUCUUCUGCUACCGAUGACUACGCUGAGUGUACAAAACAUUAUGAACACGUGCUCUUUCCAUGACAUAGAUUGACCAGGUGAAAGAUAUGAAGGAUUUUGAAGCCUUAAGACAAUUGAGACAUGGAUUGUGUACGUGUGUCAUUAAGAGGAAGAAUGGGCAAGACAACAGAUUUAAGUGCCUUUUGAACGGGGUAUGAUAGUAGGUGCCAGGCGCACCGGUUUGUGUCAAGAACUGCAACGCUGCUGGGUUUUUCACACUCAACAGUUUCCCGUGUGUAUCAACAAUAGUCCACCACCCUAAGCACAUCUAGCCAACUUAACACAACUGUGGGUCGCAUUGGAGUCAACGUGCCAGCAUCCCUGUGGAACGCUUCGCCACCUUGUAGAAUCCAUGCCCCAACAAAUUGAGGCUGUUCUGAGGGCAAAAGAGAGGAUGCAUCUCAAUAUUAGGAAGGUGUUCUUAAUGUUUUGUACACUGUGUAUAUAUGAAUGGACAAAGCAAUCGAUCACGUGACACCAUUCAUUCCUAUGUGAAGACUCAAUAACACAUUGAAGCCAAAUUAAGUCUGUUAAGAUGGCGUCUCAUGGAGACAUAACAUGCGAAGUUUGAGCUACUCCAGUAAGUGACGUUACAGGCUAGCUCAGUGUUGCCCCUCUCAUUGAGGAACUCUAGUUGAAGGCCAGCUGGGGUACUGUAGGCUGCCAUUAGCAACUAAAUUAUACUUAUAACUUCUUCUGUGUGCACCCAUUGAGAUAUCAAAGAGGCGUGACCAGAUCUUGUCCCUGUGUGAUCACUACCUUCUCUCUCGAAAUGAAUGACUGAGCACAGAAUCCAUCCCUAUGCGUCCGACAAAUAGAAUAUCAAACAGAGUUCAGAGUGUGACGUCAUAUCAGAAUGGGUGCUUCAUCCAAUAUCACCUGUGACAGCUGUGAGCAGCCAGCCGCAUCCCCUCACCAGCCAUUAGCCUACUUAGCUGCUUCUCGCCGUCGGUUCCUUCUGCGCAUCUCCAUCAGUUUUAAAAUGUUAUUUAGCCGUGAUGGUGAGCUGGGAUGUGCAGACAGUGAUGGGGUUUCUGUUACAUUUGUUUUAAAUAUUAGCGCGGCUUGCUGUGCGAGCGAAAUGGAUAGGUAUCUUUUCAUUUCGCCGGUAAGAACAAGCAGGCCAGUCUGACUAGUUUUUGUUGUCACGUAGCCUCUAAAUGCCACUGCCAUAGAGGACAAAUAGAGCACGGUGACAUCCAUGCUUGCGCCUUUACAUCACUGAAAUCCGCGAGUUUCUAGCCCAAACCACUCAAACGUUAUGCCCCAUAUUACCGGAGGUACAGUACCAGUCAAAAGUUUGGACACACCUACUCAUUCCAGGGUUUUUCUUUAUUUUUACUAUUUUCUACAUUGUAGAAUAAUCAAAACUAUGAAAUAACACAUUGAAUGAUGUAGUUACCCAAAAAGUGAUAAACAAAUCAAAUAUAUUUUAUAUUUGAGAUUCAUCGAAGUAGCCACCCUUUGCCUUGAUGACAGCUUUGCACACUCUUGGCAUUCUCUCAAUCAGCUUCAUGAGGUAGUCACCUGGAAUGCAUUUCAAUUAACAGGUGUGCCUUGUUAAAAGUUAACUUGUGGAAUCUCUUUAUUUCUUAAUGCGUUUUAGCCAAUCAGUUGUGUUGUGACAUGGUACUGUGCCUUGCAAAAGUGUUCAUCCCCCUUGGCGUUUUUCCAAUUUUGUUGCAUUACAACCUGUAAUUUAAAUAGAUUUUUAUUUGGAUUUCAUGUAAUGGACAUACACAAAAUAGUCCAAAUUGGUGAAUAAGAACUUGUUUCAAAAAAUCGGAAGAAAGAAAUAACGGAAAAGUGGUGCUUGCAUAUGUAUUCACCCCCUUUGCUAUGAAGCCCCUAAAUAAGAUCUGGUGCAACCAAUUACCUUCAGAAGUCACAUAAUUAGUUAAAUAAAGUCCACCUGUGUGCAAUAUAAGUUUCACAUGAUCUGUCACAUGAUCUCAGCAUAUAUACACCUGUUCUGAAAGGCCCCAGAGUCUGAAACACCACUAAGCAAGGGGCACCACCAAGCAAGCGGUACCAUGAAGACCAAAGAGCUCUCCAAACAGGUCAGGGACAAAGUUGUGGAGAAGUACAGAUCAGGGUUGGGUUAUAAGAAAAUAUCAGAAACGUUGAACAUCCCACGGAGCACCAUUUUAAAUCCAUUAUAAAAAAAAUGGAAAGACCACAAACCUGCCAAGAGAGGGCCGCCCAUCAAAACUCAUGGACCAGGCAAGGAGGGCAUUAAUCAGAGGCAACAAAGAGACCAAAGAUAACCCUGAAGGAGCUGCAAAGCUCCACAGCAGAGAUUGGAGUAUCUGUCCAUAGGACCACUUUAAGCUGUACACUCCACAGAGCUGGGCUUUAUGGAAGAGUGGCCAGAAAAAAGCCAUUGCUUAAAGAUGAAAAUAAGCAAACACGUUUUGUGUUCAUCAAAAGGCAUGUGGGAGACUCCCCAAACAUAUGGUAGAAGGUACUCUGGUCAGAUGAGACUAAAAUUAAGCUUUUUGGCUAUCUAGGAAAACGCUAUGUCUGGGGGGGGUCAAGUUUUCUGUUUAUUUGUCUUAUUUCUUGUUUGUUUCACAAUUUUUUGUAUUUUGCAUCUUCAAAGUGGUAGGCAUGUUGUGUAUAUCAAAUGAUACAACCCCCCCCCAAAUCCAUUUAAAUUCCAAAUCCAUUUUAAUUCCAGGUUGUAAGGCAACAAAAUAAGAAAAAUGCCAAGAUGGGGGGGAGGGGGAGAGAGAGAGAGAGUACUUUCGCAAGCCACUGUAGGGGUGCUAUACAGAAGAUAUCCCUAUUUAGUAAAAGACCAAGUCCAUAUUAUGGCAAGAACAGCUCAAAUAAGCAAAGAGAAACGACAGUCCAUCAUUACUUUAAGACAUGGUCAGUCAAUACAGAACAUUUCAAGAACUUUGAAAGUGGCUCACAUGAGGACCGCCACAGGAAAGGAAGACCCAGAGUUACCUCUGCUGCAUAGGCUAAGUUCAUUAGAUUUAACUGCAUCUCAGAUUGCAGCCCGAAUAAAUGCUUCACAGAGUUCAAGUAACAAACAUCUCAACAUCAACUGUUCAGAGGAGACUGCGUGAAUCAGGCCUUCAUGGUCGAAUUGCUGCAAAGAAACCACUACUAAAGGACACCAAUAAGAAUUGCUUGGGCCAAGAAACACGAGCAAUGGACAUUAGACCGGUGGAAAUUUGUCCUUUGGUCUGGUGUCUCCAUAUUUGAGAUUUUUUGUUCCAACCGUCGUGUUUUUGUGAGACGCAGUGUGGGUGAACGGAUGAUCUCUGCAUGUGUGGUUCCCACCAUGAAGCAUGGAGGUGUGAUGGUGUGGGGGGGUGCUUUGCUGGUGACACUGUCAGUGAUUUAUUUAGAAUUCAAGGCACACUUAACCAGCAUGGCUACCACAGCAUUCUGCAGCGAUACGCCAUCCCAUCUGGUUUGUGCUUAGCGGUACAGUCAUUUUGUUUCUCAACAGGACAAUGACCCAAAACACACCUCCAGGCUGUGUAAGGGCUAUAUGACCAAGAAGGAGAGUGAUGGAGUGCUGCAUCAGAUGACCUGGCCUCCACAAUCACCGGACCUCAACCCAAUUGAAAUGGUUUGGGAUGAGUUGUACCGCAGAGUGAAGGAAAAGCAGCCAACAAGUGCUCAGCAUAUGUGGGAACUAUGUGGGAGCUGGUUGAGAGAAUGCCAAGAGUGUGAAAAGCUGUCAUCAAGGCAAAGGGUGCCUACUUUGAAGAAUCUCAAAUAUAAAAUAUAUUUUUGUUUGUUUAAACUUUUUUUUUGGUUACUACAUGAUUCCAUAUGUGUUAUUUCAUAGUCUUGAUGUGUUCAAUAUUCUUCUACAAUGUAGAAAAUGGUAAACAUAAAGAAACACCCUUGAAUGAGUAGGUGUGUCCAAACUUUUGACUGGUACUGUACCUUCUCCCCUUUCUACUACGAAUUGGCACACAUUUUAUAUAAUUUUAUAAACCAUGUCGCUGGCCGCAAGUUUUUGGUUUGAUAACAAACAACCUUGUUUAGUCAUGUUACCUGGCUAGCUAGCUAACAACAUGAUACCUUGGCUAUGCACAAAUGUGGCACAGGAAACAAGAAAUGGGAUAGAUGGCCUACUCAGAGAUGCUUUAAAGGUAGGAUUCAUAUGCCUAAUCAAUGUCAUUCUAAGCUAAAUCUCAAUCAAAUCAAUAUAUUUUUCUAGUGUUCCUUAAAUUCUAUUUGGUGCGUCACUUUUGGGAGGGGGGUGUGUGUGUGUGUGUGUGUGUGUGUGUGUGUGUGUGUGGGAGAGGGAGGGAGUGAGUGAGAGGGUGUGUGUAAGGGAGGGAGAGUGUAGGCUAUGUGUAAAUUUGUCUGAAGAGUAGGCUAAAGAUGGUUUCAUAUAGGCCUAGUGUGCUUUCCCCUUACAGCCAUAAUCAUUAUGAAUUUGUAUUCCUUACUGUAUUCCUCCUGCCCACAGGUCGGCCUUCGGCCUGGUAUCACAUCGUUAGUACAAUUUUGGUAUUGUGACAACCCUACUCUGAAAAUAUGCAACAAAAAAAAUUUCACAUUUUUUUACCCCUUGCCAGUUUGCAUCCAUGGUUAUGACACAUCUCUUGCUUGUCACUCAGUCUUGACUUUCUUAAAGAGACAAUGUAGAAUUUUAAUGUAAAUCACCUCAAUAGGAAAUAGUGCUUUUAACACAAUGAAAAAACCUAAUAUCCCACAAGUGACUUUGUAUUUCAAUGCAAGGUAUUUGUAUUAACAUCUUAGCUAUUAUAAUAAACAGAUCUCUUUACAGGGUUACAUAUUAGUUUCUAGGGUAGGGAAUCUUCAUGUUACCCAAAUAUUAUUGAAUCAGCAGUUGAAGUGAAUAUUUUGUGACGUGACUUAACUUUCUAAAGUAGUUCACUGCAGACUAUGUUGGAACUAUGGCUGUGUCUUGUCUGGCUGACUUUGACUUCAUCAACAGCGUAUGGAUCUGGGAGAAUGUGCAAAGACCCACGACCUGGCACUCCGGGCCGACUAUGAAAUUGCCUCCAAGGAGAGAGACCUCUUCUUCGAGCUUGACGUAAGUGAUAUCAGUCAGUUCGAUUUUAAAUACAACUUAAUUUAUCCCCUCAGGGGCAAGUAAGUUGUACUUCUCCCAGUUCAUUUUACCAGUGCAGCAGUCUGUGUUCCAUUGACUUGUAUGGAGUUUACUUUUCUGUUGUUGACUAUAGGCUGUGGAUCAUCUGGAGUCCUUCAUCGCCGAUUGCGACCGGAGAACAGAGUUGGCCAAGAAACGACUGGUUGAGACCCAAGACGAGAUCAGUGCGGAGGUGGCUGAAAAGGUGAGAGGGCAAGAUUGACCUUGUUCACUGAAUCUUAUUGUGGAGUGUAAGGAUGACAUGUUGUUGAAAACGUUCUGAUCUUGACACGAUAUAUGCUGUUGUUGACAUGUGUUGUUUGUAUUAUUCUCCAGGCAGAGACGGUCCACGAGCUGAACGAGGAGAUCGGGAAGCUCCUGGCCAAGGCAGAGCAGCUGGGUGCCGAGGGGAAUGUGGACGAGGCCCAGAAGGUCCUACAGGAAGUGGAGAAGGUUCGCAGCAGAAAGAGGGACGCUGAGGUGAGGAGGAGGGGUUGUUUUCCUCACGGCAUGUUUCUUUUUCAUCAAAUCAAUCAGUCAAUCAAAUCUAUUUAUAAAGCCCUUUUUACUCUUAUUUUUUUAUUUCACUUUUAUUUAACCAGGUAGGCCAGUUGAGAACAGGUUCUCAUUUACAACUGCUACCUGGCCAAGAUAAAACAAAGCAGUGCGAUAAAAACAACACAGUUACACAUGGGAUAAACAAAACGUACAGUCAAUAACACAAUAGAAAAUCUAUAUACAGUGUGUGCAAAUGUAGAAAGUUAUGGAGGUAAGGCAAUAAAUAGGCCAUAGUGCAAAAUAAUUACAAUUUAGUAUUAACACAGGAGUGAUAGAUGUGCAGAAGAUGAUGUGCAAAUAGAGAUACUGGGGUGCAAAUGAGCAAAAUAAAUAACAAUAUGGGGAUGAGGUAGUUGGGUGGGCUAAUUACAGAAUGGGCUGUGUACAGGUGCAGUGAUCGGUAAGCUGCUCUGACAACUGAUGCUUAAAGUUAGUGAGGAAGAUAAGAGUCUCCAGCUUCAGAGAUUUUUGCAGUUCGUUCCAGUCAAUAGCAGCAGAGAACUGGAAGGAAUGGCGGCCAAAGGAGGUGUUGGCUUUGGGACUGACCAGUGAGAUAUACCUGCUGGAGCGCAUACUACGGGUGGGUGUUGCUAUGGUGACCAAUGAGCUAAGAUAAGGCGGGGAUUUGCCUAGCAGUGAUUUAUAGAUUACCUGGAGCCAGUGGGAUUGGCGACGAAUAUGUAGUGAGGGCCAGCCAACAAGAGCGUACAGGUCACAAUGGUGGGUAGUAUAUGGGGCUUUGGUGACGAAACGGAUGGCACUGUGAAGACUACAUCCAAUUUGCUGAGUAGAGUGUAUGAGGUUAUUUUGUAAAUGACAUCGCCGAAGUCAAGGAUUUGUAGGAUAGUCAGUUUUACGAGGGCAAGUUUGGCAGCAUGAGUGAAGGAGGCUUUGUUGCGAGAUAGGAAGCCGAUUCUAGAUUUAACUUUGGAUUGGAGAUGCUUAAUGUGAGUCUGGAAGGAGAGUUUACGGUCUAACCAGACACCUAGGUAUUUGUAGUUGUCCACAUAUUCUAAGUCAGACCCGCCGAGAGUAGUGAUUCUAGUCGGGCGGGCGGUUGCAAGCAGCGUUCGAUUGAAGAGCAUUUAGUUUUACUAGUGUUUAAGAGCAGUUGGAGGCUACGGAAGGAGUGUUGUAUGGCAUUGAAGCUCGUUUGGAGGUUUGUUAACACAGUGUCCAAUGAAGGGCCAGAUGUAUACAAAAUGGUGUCGUCAGCGUAGAGGGAGAUCUGAGAGUCACCAGCAGCAAGAGCGACAUCAUUGAUAUACACAGAGAAUAGAGUCGGCCCGAGAACUGAACCCUGUGGCACCCCCAUAGAGACCGCCAGAGGUCCAGACAACAGGCCCUCCGAUUUGAAACAUUGAACUAUCUGAGAAGUAGUUGGUGAACCAGGUGAGGCAGUCAUUUGAGAAACCAAGGCUAUUUAGUCUGCCAAUAAGAAUGUGGUGAUUGACAGAGUCGAAAGCCUUGGCCAGGUCGAUGAAGACGGCUGCACAGUACUGUCUUUUAUCGAUUGCGGUUAUAAUAUCGUUUAGGACCUUGAGUGUGGCUGAGGUGCACCCAUGACCAGCUCAGAAACCAGAUUGCAUAGUGGAGAAGGUACGGUGGGAUUCUAAAUGGUCGGUGAUCUGUUUGUUAACUUGGCUUUCAAAUACUUUCGAAAGGCAGGGUAGGAUGGAUAUAGGUCUGUAACAGUUUGGAUCUAGAGUGUCACCCCCUUUGAAGAGGAGGAUGACCGCGGCAGCUUUCCAAUCUCUGGGGAUCUCAGAUGAUACGAAAGAGAGGUUGAAAAGGCUAGUAACAUGGGUUGCUACAAUUUCGGCGGCUAAUUUUAGAAAGAAAGGGUCCAGAUUGUCUAGCCCAGCUGAUUUGUAGGGGUCCAGAUUUUGCAGCUCUUUCAGAACAUCAGCUAUCUGAAUUUGGGUGAAGGAGAAGCGGGGUGGGGCAUGGGCAAGUUGCAGCGGAGGGUGCAGAGCUGGGGGUAGGGGUAGCCAGGUGGAAAGCAUGGCCAGCCGUAGCAAAAUGCUUAUUGCAAUUCUCAAUUAUUGUAGAUUUAUCGGUGGUGACGGUGUUUCCUAGCCUCAGUGCAGUGGGCAGCUGGGAGGAGGUGCUCUUAUUCUCCAUGGACUUUACAGUGUCCCAAAACAUUUUGGAGUUAGUGCUACAGGAUGCAAAUUUCUGUUUGAAAAAGCUAGCCUUUGCUUUCCUAACUGAUUGUGUAUAUUUGUUCCUGACUUCCCUGAAAAGUUGCAUAUCGCGGGCGCUGUUUGAUGCUAAUGCAGUAUGCCACAGGAUAUUUUUGUGCUGGUCAAGGGCAGUCAAGUCUGGGUUGAACCAGGGGCUGUAUCUGUUCUUAGUUCUGAAUUUUUUGACUGGGGCAUGCUUAUUUAAGAUGGAGAGGAAAGCACUUCUAAAGAACAACCAGGCAUCCUCUACUGACGGAAUGAGGUCAAUAUCCAUCCAGGAUACCCGGGCCAGGUCAAUUAGAAAGGCCUGCUCGCUGAAGUGUUUUAGGGAGCGUUUGACAGUGAUGAGGGGUGGUCAUUUGACCGCGGACCCAUUACGGACGCAGGCAAUGAGGCAGUGAUCGCUGAGAUCCUGGUUGAAGACAGCGGAGGUGUAUUUAGAGGGUAAAUUAGUCAGGAUGAUAUCUAUGAGGGUGCCCAUGUUUACGGAUUUAGGGUUGUACCUGCUAAGUUCCUUGAUCAUUUGUGUGAGAUUGAGGGUAUCUAGUUUGGAUUGUAGGACGGCCGGGGUGUUAAGCAUAUCCCAGUUUAGGUCACCAAGCAGUACGAACUCUGAGGAUAGAUGAGGGGCAAUUAAUUCACAUAUGGUGUCCAGGGCACAGCUGGGGGCAGAGGGGGUCUGUAGCAAGCGGCAAAGGUGAGAGACUUAUUUCUGGAAAGGUGGAUUUUUAGAAGUAGAAGCUCAAACUGUUUGGGCACAGACCUGGAUAGUAUGAUAGAGCUCUGCAGGCUAUCUCUACAGUAGAUUGCAACUCCGCCCCCUUUGGCAGUUCUAUCUAGACGGAACAUUUUGUAGUUGGGGAUGGACAUUUCUGCAUUUUUGGUGGCCUUCCUAAGCCAGGAUUCAGACACUGCUAGAACAUCAGGGUUGGCAGAGUGUGCUAAUGCAGUGAAUAACUCAAACUUGGGGAGGAGGCUUCUGAUGUUAACAUGCAAGAAACCAAGGCUUUUACGGUUACAGGAGUCAACUAAUGAUAGCGCCUGGGGGGGGGGGGUAGGAGUGAUACUGGGGGCUACAGGGCCUGGGUUAACCUCUACAUCAACAGAGGAACAGAGGAGGAAUAGAAUAAGGAUAUGGCUAAAGGCUUUAAGAACUGGUCUUCUAGUGCAUUGGGUACAGAGAAUAAAAGGGGCAGAUUUCCGGGCGUUGUAGAAUAGAUUCAGGGCAUUAUGUACAGACAAGGAUAUGGAAGGAUAUGAGUACAGUGGAGGUACACCUAAGCAUUGGGUAACGAUGAAAGAGAUAGCAUUGCUGGAGGCACUUAUUGAGCCGGUCUCCGUGUGGGGGGUGGGACAAAGGAGCUAUCUGAGGCAGGUUGAGCGGGACUGGGGGCUCUACAGUGAAAUGGUACAAUAAGAACUAACCGAAACAGAGAUAGGCAAGUCAUAUUGACAUGGGAGAGAGGCAAAAAGCAAUCACAGGUGUUAUUUGAGAGAGCUAAGACAACAACUGGUAAUGGCGACAAAAGUUUGGGCUGAGGCUAAACAGAUAAACAGGAUGGGGUACCGUGUAAAGGAACAGUCCAGCAGGCAUCAGCUGUGUAGCUGAGUGAUCAUAAGGUCCAGUGAACAGCAAUAGGUGAGUCCGGGAGCAGUUCGAUGGCUGCUACGGCACAGGCUGUUGAUUGCGUGUGCUAGCGGGCCGGGGCUAGCAUAUUGAUCUUCGUGGUCGUCGCAACGGGAAGCCUGUUGAAACCACAUCAGGCGAUUACGUCAGCAGACCAGUCGUGAUGGAUCAGCGGGGCUCCGUGUCGACACUAGGAUGUCCCGUCCGGUUGACAGAGAAGUAGAUAGCCGGGAGAUGGGCCUAGCUCGAGGCUAGCUCAAGGCUAACUGGUGCUAGCUUCGGGACAGUGGUGAUUAGCCAACAACAACAUCCAUUCGGUUGCAGCUAGCUAGUUGCGAUGAUCUGGUGUUAAAGGUCCAGUGAUUCAGUGAUUCCGGCAGAAAAUCUGAUAUGUUCUGGGUCGAUAGCGCGCUGUGCAGACUGGCCGAUAAUUAAUUGUCCAGGCUAGAGCUGGCUGGUAGGUAGUGCAGGCCACGGACAAUGGUGGAAACCGCUAACGGUGGCUAAUAGCAAGUAGCUAGUUAGCUGGCUAUUUUCAGCCGGUUCUAGAUAAAAAGGUAUAAGAAAUAAUAGAAUCCGUUCCACAUUGGGUGAGGCGGGUUGCAGGAAAGUAUAUUUAGUUGAAGGAUGAAAAGCAAGAUUGAGAAAUAUAUAUUAAAACUGGCUAUUUACACGAGCACACUACAGAAUACACGGCGGCACUGCUACGCCAUCUUUGAUAUUGUGACAUCAGCAGAUGUCACAAAGUGCUAUACAGAAACCCAGCCUAAAACCCCAAACAGCAAGCAAUGCAGAUGUAGAAGCACGGUGGCUAGGAAAAACUCCCUAGAAAGGCAGAAACCUAGAGAGGAACCAGGCUCUGAGGGGUGGCUGUGCUGGGUGGAGAUUAUAACAGUUCAUGGCCAUUAAGGCCAGAUUUUUCUCCAAGAUGUUCAAACGUUCAUAGAUGACCAGCAGGGUCAAAUAAUAAUCACAGUGGUUGUAGAGGUUGCAACAGGUCAGUACAUCAGGAGUAAAUGUCACUUGGCUUUUCAUAGCCGGGCAUUUAGAGGUUGAAAUAGCAGGUGUGGUAGAGAGAGAGAGUUCAAAACAGCAGGUCUGGGACAAGGUAGCACGUCCGGUGAACAGGUCAGGGUUCCAUAGCCGCAGGCAGAAGAGUUAAAACUGGAGCAGCAGCACAACCAGGUGGACUGGGGACAGCAAGGAGUCAUCAGGCCAGGUAGUCCUGAGGCAUGGUCCUAGGACUCAGGUCCUCCGGGAGGGAGAGAGAGAGAAUUAGAAGGAGCAUACUUAAAUUCACACAGGACACCGGAUAAGACAGGAGAAUAACACCAGAUAUAGCAGACUGACCCUAGCCCCCCGGCACAUAUACUAUUGCAGCAUAGAUACUGGAGGCUGAGACGGGGGGUCGGGAGACACUGUGGCCCCGUCCGACGAUACCCCCGGACAGGGCCAACCAGGCAGGAUAUAACCCCACCCACUUUGCCAAAGCACAGCCCCCACACCACCAGAGGGAUAUCAACAGCCUACUACCCUGAGACAAGGCUGAGUAAAGCCCACAAUGAUCUCCUCCACUGCACGAGUCAGAGGGGGUGACAAACCUGACAGGAAGGUCACGUCAGUGACUCAACCCACUCAAGUGACGCACCACUCCUAGGGACGGCAUGGAAAGCACCAGUAAGCCAGUGACUCAGCCCCUGUAAUAGGGUCAGAGGCAGAGAAUCCCAAUGGAGAGACGGGAACCGGCCAGGUUUGUCUCUCCAGUGCCUUUCCGUUCACCUUCGCACCCCUGGGCCAGACUACACUCAAUCAUAGGACCUACUGAAGAGAUGAGUCUUCAGUAAAGACUUCAAGGUCAAGACCGAGUCUGCGUGUCUCACAUGGAUAGGCAGACCAUUCCAUAAAAAUUGAGCUCUAAAGGAGAAAGCCCUGCCUCCAGCUGUUUGCUUAGAAAUUCUAGGGAUAAUAAGGAGGCCUAUGUCUUGUGACCGUAGCGUACGUGUAGGUAUGUACGGCAGGACCAAAUUGGAGAGAUCGGUAGGAGCAAGCACAUGUAAUGCUUUGUAGGUUAGCAGUAAAACCUUGAAAUCAGCCCUAGCCUUAACAGGAAGCCUUUCCGUUCACCUUCGCACCCCUGGGCCAGACUACACUCAAUCAUAGGACCUAGCACUGGAGUAAUAUGAUCAGAUUUUUUUGUACUAGUCAAGAUUCUAUCAGCCGUGUUUAGCACUAACUGAAGUUUAUUUAGUACUUUAUCCGGGUAGCCGGAGAGUAGAGCAUUGCAGUAGUCUAAUCUAGAAGUGACAAAAGCAUGGAUGAGCUUUUUUGCAUCAUUUUUGGACAAUGAUAUUUGCAAUGUUACGAAGAUGGAAAAAAUCUGUCCUUGAAAUAUUCUUAAUAUGUUCGUCAAAAGUGAGAUCAGGGUCCAGAGUAACGUCGAGGUCCUUCAGUGUUUAUUUAUUUUUUAACGACUACAACCAUCAAGAUUAAUUCUCAGAUCCAACAAAAGAUCUCUCUGUUUCUUGGGACCUAGAGUUUAAAAGUAAAUCAUUUGCAGCCAUCCACUUCCUUAUGUCUGAAACACAGGCUUCCAGGGUAGGCAAUUUUGGGGCUUCACCAUGUUUCGUCGAAAUGUAUAGCUGUGUGUCGUCUGCAUAGCAGUGAAAGUUAACAUAUAUGGUGAAAACAAUAGUGGUCCUAAAACGGAACCUUGAGGAACACCGAAACAUACAAUUGAUUUGUCAGAGGACAAACCAUUUACAGAGACGACCUGAUAUCUUUCCGACAGAUAAGAUCUAAACCAGACAAGAACUUGUCCGUGUAGACCAACUAAGGUUUCCAAUCUCUCCAAAAGAAUGUGGUGAUCGAUGGUGUCAAAAGCAGCACUAAGGUCUAGGAGCACGAGGACAGAUGCAGAGCCUUGGUCUGACACCAUUAGAUGCAGAGCCUUGGUCUGACACCAUUAAAAGGUAAUUUACCAACUUCACGAGUGCAGUCUCAGUGGUAUGAUGGGGUCUAAAACCAGACUGAAGCGUUUCGUAUACAUUAUUUGUCUUCAGGAAGGCAGUGAGUUGCUGCACAACAGCUUUUUCUAAAAAAAUUGAGAGGAAUGGGAGAUUCGAUAUAGGCCGAUAGUUGUUUACAUUUUCUGGCUCAAGGUUUGGCUUUUUCAAGAGCGGCUUUAUUACUUCCACUUUUAGUGAGUUUGGUACACAUCCAGUGGAUAGGGAGCCAUUUAUUAUGUUCAAAAUAGGAGGGCCAAGCACAGGAAGUAGCUAUUUCAGUAGUUUAGUUGGAAUAGGGUCCAGUAUGCAGCUUGAAGGUUUAGAGGCCAUGACUAUUUUCAUGAAUGUGUCAGGAGAUAUAGGAUUAAAAAACUUGAGUGUCUCCAUUGAUCCUAGGUCCUGGCAGUUUUGUGCAGAGUCAGGACAGCUGAGCUUUGGAGAAAUACGCAGAUUCAAAGAGGAGUCCGUAAUUUGCUUUCUAAUGAUCAUGAUCUUUUCGUCAAAGAAGUUAAUCACUGCUGAAGUGAAAGGCAUCCUCUCUUGGGGAAUGCUGCUUUUUAGUUAGCUUUGCGAUAGUAUCAAAUAUACAUUUAGGAUUGUUCUUAUUCUCUUCAAUUAGGUUGGAAAAAUACGAUGAUCGAGCAGCACUGAGGGCUCUUCGAUAUUGCACUGUACUUUCGUUCCAAGCUAGUAGGUAGACUUCCAGUUUGGUGGAGCGCCAUUUCCGUUCCAAUUUUCUGGAAGCUUGCUUCAGGGCUCUGGUAUUUUCUGUAUGCCAGGGAGCUAGUUUCUUGUGACCAAAUGUUUUUUGUUUUUAGGCGUGCGACUGCAUCUAGGGUAUUACGCAAGGUUAAAUUUAGAUCCUCAGUUAGGUCGUUAACUGAUUUUUGUACUUUGACGUCCUUUGUUAGGUGGAGGGAGUCUGGAAGGGCCUCUAGGAAUAUUUGGGUUGUCCAAGAAUUUAUAGCACAGCUUUUGAUGGUCCUUGGUUGGGGUCUCAGCAGAUUAUUUGUUGCGAUUGCAAACGUAAUAAGAUGGUGGUCCGAUAGUCCAGGGUUAUUAGAUCCACAAUAUUUAUUCCACGGGACAACACUAGAUCCAGGGUAUGACUGUGGCAAUGAGUAGGUCCGGAGACAUGUUGGACAAAACCCACUGAGUCGAUGAUCGCUCCGUAAGCCUUUUGGAGUGGGUCUGUGGACUUUUCCAUGUGAAUAUUAAAGUCACCAAAAAUGUGAAUAUUAUCUGCCAUGACUACAAGGUCCGAUAGGAAUUCAGGGAACUCAGUGAGGAACACUUUAUACGGCCCAGGAGGCCUGUAAACAGUAGCUAUAAAAGGGAUUGAGUAGGCUGCAUAGAUGUCAUGACUAGAAGCUCAAAAGAUGAAAACGCAGUAUUUUUUGGGGGGGGGGGGGGGGGGGUAAAUUCACAUUUGCUAUCGUAAAUGUUAGCAACAUCUCCGCCUUUUCGGGAUGCACGGGGGAUAUGGUCACUAGUGUAACCAGGAGGAGAGGCCUCGUUUAACACAGUAAAUUCAUCAGGCUUAAGCCAUGUUUGUCAGGCCAAUCACAUCAAGAUUAUGAUCAGUGAUUAGUUGAUUGACCAUAACUGCCUUGGAAGUGAGGGAUCUAACAUUAAGUAGCCCUAUUUUGAGAUGUGAGAGAUCUCUUUCAAUAAUGACAGGAAUGGAGGAGGUCUUUAUUCCGGUGAGAUUGCUAAGGCGAACAACGCCAUGUUUAGUUUUGUUCAACCUAGAUCGAGGCACAGACACGGUCUCAAUGGGGAUAGCUGAGCUGACUACACUGACUGUGCUAGUGGCAGACUCCACUAAGCUGGCAGCUGCCUGGCCUGCACCCUAUCUCAUUGUGGAGCUAGAGGAUUUAGAGCCCUGUCUAUGUUGAUAGAUAAGAUGAGAGCACCCCUCCAGCUAGGAUGGAGUCCGUCACUCCUCAGCAGGCCAGGCUUGGUCCUGUUUGUGGGUGAGUCCCAGAAAGAGGGCCAAUUAUCUACAAAUUCUAUUUUUUGGGAGGGGCAGAAAACAGUUUUCAACCAGCGAUUGAGUUGUGAGACUGCUGUAGAGCUCAUCACUCGCCCUAACUGGGAAGGGGCCAGAGACAAUUACUCAAUGCAGACACAUCUUUCUAGCUAAUUUACACGCUGAAGCUAUGUUGCUCUUGGUGACCUCUGACUGUUUCAUCCUAACAUCGUUGGUGCCGACGUGGAUAACAAUAUCCCUAUACUCGCUACACUCGCCAGUUUUUGCCUUAGCCAGCACCAUCUUCAGAUUAGCCUUUAUGUCAGUAGCCCUGCCCCCUAGUAAACAGUUUAUGAUUGCUGGAUGAUUAUUUUUAAGUCUAAUAUUGCGGGUAAUGGAGUCGCCAAUGACUAGGGUUUUCAAUUAGUCAAAGCUAAUGUGGGAGGCUUCGGUGGCUCAGACACCGUAAUGGGUGAAGGAGAGACCUGAUAAGGCUCGGCCUCUGACUCCGACUCGUUGCUUAAUGGGGAGAACCGGUUAAAAGUUUCUGUCGGCUGAAUGAGUGACACCGGUUGAGAAUGCAGACAGCAUUUCUUUCCAGGAGCCUUGAGAACAUUGUCCGGCUGCGGGUGCGGGGGGAUUUAUACUACUAUCUGUACUUACUGGUGGCACAGACGCUGUUUCAUCCUUUCCUACAUUUAAAUUACCCUUGCCUAACGACUGCAUCUGAAGCUGUGCUUGCAGCACGGCUAUCCUCACCAUAAGGCGAUAGUUCUCUUGUAUAUUAUGAGUACAACGACUGCAAUAACUAAGACGUUGGUAAAAUGUGUUAAAUGAAGAUUGAUUAACAACAAGUUUGGCAGGUAGCCAAGCAGCAACAAACAGCACAGCAGCACGGAGAGAAGUGACGCGCUCAAAAAACUAGCCCGGAAUGUAGACCUGGGCGUGUUCAGUAGGGCACAACGUAGCAAAAACAUUUUGCAAUGGAAAAUUAAAUGUUUGUUCUUAUUGGACAAGGUUAGGUGGAACCGUCCUGUUUUUCACCACACUGAACUCGACCCCCUUCUUUCCUAUCCUGACUCAAUCUCUUUCUCCAUCUCUUCGGUUCUCACCUUCUCAGGAGGAGUACAGAAACUCCAUGCCUGCCUCCAGUUUCCAGCAGCAGAAGCUUCGUGUCUGCGAGGUGUGCUCGGCCUACCUGGGUCUCCACGACAACGACCGUCGCCUGGCCGACCACUUUGGUGGGAAGCUGCACCUGGGCUUCAUCCAGAUCAGGGAGAAACUGGAAGCCCUGAAGGUAUGCUCUGAACCACCUCAGACCACAUAGCUUACUUAAUACACGUAGCGAGAUGUGGAUGUAUAAUCCUCAAAAGGGGAUUUUUGACUGCUUUCCCCUUUUGAGGAUUAUACAGGGACAUUGUUUGGGAUUAAAGCACUGCAAACAUCUCCCUUUUGGGAUUAAUUUUGCAGCAAGGACAUUCUUUUUGACAUUAGAAUGUAUUAACAUGAGAACACAUUUUAAUGUAAACACUGAGGCUACUGUCUAUGCUGAACACUGAGGCUACUGUCUAUGCUGAACACCGAGGCUACUGUCUAUGCUAAACACUGAGGCUACUGUCUAUGCUAAACACUGAGGCUACUGUCUAUGCUGAACACUGAGGCUACUGUCUAUGCUGAACACUGAGGCUACUGUCUAUGCUGAACACUGAGGCUACUGUCUAUGCUAAACACUGAGGCUACUGUCUAUGCUAAACACUGAGGCUAAUGUCAAUGCUCACCAUUUUCUAUCAGAAAACCGUCCUUGAAAAGCAGGAGAAGAGGAACCAGGAUCGUCUGAAGAGGAGAGAGGAGAGAGAGAAGGAGGAGAGGAUGAAGAAGAGGUGGGUACAGGUCUUAACUUUUCCAAAAUAAUGAAAUUGAUGUAGGCAAAUUUGAUAAACAUGUCUGUGGUGAUGGCAGCACUACUUGGAAAAUAUAAUCGAUCCGUGUACUGUAUGUGGAGACAAAUGCAGAUAUCUUCACUGUGGCAUCUUAUCAAUUGUUUUCUGUCACUUUAUAGGACCAAAUCACGGAGCAGGGAAAGGAGCAGGGAACAUAGAAGGUUAGUAUAGGCCACCAGCCAUCUACUGCCAUAUGAACCCUAUUGAAUACACUAUCUCCUAGUUUAUUGCUGUAUAAAACACUUCUCUGUGUCCGUGCUGCAGGUCCAGCUCUCGCGACCGUAGGAGACGGCGUUCGCGUUCCUCGUCUCGGGAGAGGCGGCGUUCCUCCCGCUCUCGCUCCAGGGACCGGGAGAGGAGGAGACGCCACCGCAGCCGGUCCCGCAGCAAGGGCUGCCGCCACAGCCACGAGCCCAGCUCCAGACACAAGUAGGAGUACACACACACACACACACACGUUCCAUCUCAUUACUUAAACAAGUGCGCACUUAAUCAUAAAGCUUAUUUUCAUAAUAAAUACACAUGACAAACACACACACACACAGAUUUGUGUGUAACAAGACCGUGUUUACAUUUCCAGGUCAUCCAGGGAUCGAGAGCGCUCCUCCAGAGACCGUUCACGGGAGCGAAGCAGGAAGAGGGGAUCCUCGGAGCGGCGGCAGGACAGCAGGGAUCAGAAUGGGAGGACAGACUCCCGCCGGGUUGAGGACAGGGAUAGAGACCUUUGACCUCUCUCGCUGUCUCCAACCUCAACACACAACCUCCUUUUGUCUCUCUCUUUCAUAUCUGUCCAUACAUCUAUUUGAACUCUCCUUGUAUGAAUCCUCCCUCCAUUCCCUUAUCAGAAUUGUCCAGAGAUGUUUUGCUUUGACCGAUAUUCCAGCCAACCCACUGUCCCAAAUACAUAGCGCUUAUAUGACCACAGAAGUAUAU